AUGGCACAAAAGAUUUUUCAGUCCUUCCGUAGGAUUCCAGGACAUUUCCCUGCUUUUCGUAAAAAAGAGGAGCUUUGUGAUGUACAGGGGUCAAGAUAUAGGGUUGCUGUCUGUUCUGAUUAUGGAUUUCCUUCUAAACCUACGUCAGUUGCUUAUGACCCUGUUAUCGAUAUGUUAGCUGUUCUUACACGUGAUGGCAACAUUUAUAUAUACGGGAAACCAGGAAUAUCUUUUUCCGCUGUACAUGAAACGAAUGCUCAGUAUAUUCAAGUGGUUUUUUUGACUGGCAGUAGAAAACUGGUUACAUUAACUGAUUCAGAUGAUAUGUAUUUAUGGGAGUUGACUUCAGUCAAUCAAACAUCUAGUCAACUGACUCAACGAUCAUGUCUCAAAAGGAUUACAAGUCAGCUAAAGUCUUUACCAAGUGGAGUUCCAAAUUCUUCCAACAAUAACGAGGAAACUAGUCACGUCACUGCUUUAUGCCAUGCUUCCGACGGUCGUAGCAUCCUGAUUGGAACUGAUAAUGGCUGGGUUGCCUCUGUCCGUUUAAAUACAAAUACAGCUACUGACGAUUUCACGAAAUUCUGGUGUCUGCCUUCAGCUGAUGAUGCAAUUAAUCCUUCUCGAAUACUUGAUGGCAUUUCACCUGAUCGUCGUCAGCGUCUGCGGGCAGAUGCAGUGGUAGUUUUAUCAGAAAGGCCAGGGUUUCCUGGACAGCUAUUAAUUGGCUACAAUUCUGGUCUAAGUUUAUUAUUUGAUCUCCGUUCGGAUCGUGUUAUGGCACUAUUACCGUGGCAACAUGGCUUGGAAGCUGCCGCUUGGUGCGGUGGUAGUGGCCAACCAAAUAGGUCAAAUCCAACACCACAUCAACCCCAAUUAGGGAUGCGUCUCUUGACCGCGCAUUCGGACGGAUCUCUGGGAGUUUGGAGUUUGAAGGAAAUCGGCUUCGGCACAACAACAAUAUCUCCCAUUCAACCACCCUUGCUUCAAAUGGAAGAGGCUCCAAGCAUGCCUUAUGGACCUUUCCCGUGCAAACUGAUCAGUAAAGUUUUCUGGCUUCCAUCUGCUCUGGGGGGAAUUACCGUAUUUGUUGGUGGGAUGCCACGUGCCACUUAUGGUGAGCGUCAUACUGUAAGCAUAUUGCGUGGAUCAAAUAUUGAUCAAGCUGCUAAUGCUAGUGUUGUGGCUGCCCGACUUGCUGUGGCAGCUGAAGCUGAAGAUGAUGAUGAAAUACCAGAAGAAAGUUCAUUAUCAGCUCCUCCUAUACACGUUUUUGAUUCUGAUGCACCUGAACAUGUAUGUUUGGACUUACCAUCAAGUCUUGUUGAUUUAGUUCCUGUUGGUUCUGUUGACGGACCUGUUCAAAUACUAGUACUUCUAUGUGAAGAAGAAAUGGUUGUGAUUGAUCUUAUAACUUCUGGCUGGCCUUUUAUGCGUCCUCCCUAUUUAACUUGCUUGCACACAACAUCCCUUACUACAUACAAUUUAAUUACACAGGUUAGCUCAACCUUGCUAUCAAAUCUUGAAGCUGCCGGUGCUUACUAUGGUCCUGAAGGACGUUUUGGUCGGGGAGGAGCAAUCGCAGAUAAUCCAUCAGGUGGGGGUUGGUCCUCUCUCCCUUGGCCAAUACAAGGUGGUCAUGCAUUAAUUAAUGGAUCUCGGUUGUCUACAAGCUCUUUGGGUGGAAAUAUUCUGUACACGGAUGAUUUACUUCUUACUGGUCACGAGGACGGUUCUGUUGCAUUUUGGCGGCUCAGUGCAGGAGGCUGCCUUCGACGCAUUUAUACCUUAUAUACAGCUAUAUUAUUUGAAGAUGUCAGUCAGUUGGAUCAUCCUAAUGGUGUUGAUGAUGAUGGCGAUGCAUGGCCCCCCUUUCGUCAGGCAGGUGUAUUUGACCCUUUCAUGGACGAUAGCAGAGUAGCUAUACAAUUCAUUUAUCUUGUUGAUAAUACACUGGUUGUGGGUGGAGCUGCAGGUCAGGUAAUUGUAUAUCAAUUUCUUAAUUUCACUCCGUGUAUUGAACCUGCAAUUGUAACAAUUAAAAAAUCAAUGCCUGGAUUUCAAUGGAAAGGACAUGCUCCCCUUACACUUCGAAAAUGCUUUAGUGAGAAGUUCACUGCUAAUCCAGAACAAACUACUCCACUCCCCGCUCAGUUACAAGCUACAGGAGUUAUUUUCGUACAGCCUCCUGCACGUAUUACAUCACUUCUUUUAAGUGAAUUUGAAUUAACUCAUCUAAAAGAAUUUAGUCAAAACCAAACAAAUAAUAUUAGUGGUGAUGGUGGUAGUUUACAAAUUUUACUUGCUCUUGGUACACCACAUGGUUUCGGUGUAGUUUUUGUACCGAAACCAUUACCUAAUAACGAUUCAAAUACAAAAAAACCAUUACCACCUCAGCCAUUACUUGCUGUGUCAACAAUACCGGAUAAUAUCGAUGCUCUUCAAGAAGCUGCUGCCGGUGAAGGCUGGGCAAGGCGACGUACUCGAGAACUUAAAAAAAGUCUUCGUGAUUCAUUUAGGCGUCUUAAAAGAGUACGAUCAACUAAAUCAAAUUUUCAACCAGUUGUCUCAGCUUCUACUGCUAAUGUUAGUCGUGCUGGUAUUCGACGUACUGUUACUCAAUCUAAUCGUGCUGCUCCCAAUCAAACUGAUGUGGCCCCUCUUGAUGAAGCAGAAAGACGCAGUGGACGUGUCCCAGAUGAAAAUAUAUUAUUAAUAUCACAGUAUAAUGUUGAAAGAGAAAUAUGCGAUCGUGUUCAAGAUACUGCCAAUGUAGCUAUUAUAUCUUGUUUCGCAUUUGGUCCACCCCUAUUUAAAUCAAGUCCAUCGAAUGUUCGUCCAACAUUGCAUCCAGUUGCUACACUUUUUAUUGGUACUAAAGCUGGGACUGUUAAAUUAUAUUCUAUUUUUGUUGACAAAACAACAUUAAACUCUAGCGUUCUACCUAAACUUCAACUGUAUUAUUCCCGAGAACUUAUUUUACAACAUCGUGCUCCUGUUCUAUCACUUCGUCUAAUCGAUGCUAAGUCAAAUAUGCCUUACUCAUUAUCGGAUUACAAACAUUACAUAUCUGAUUCUGGUAAAUCUCAUAAUCUACCUGUAUUAUCAGUUGUGAGUGAAGAACAAAUACGAUUAUUUAAUUUACCUAAUUUACACCUAAAAUUCAAAGCUCGUAUUACGGCUAUUGAUGGUUAUCGUAUCAAAUCUGCUUCAGUAGUUGGAUUUCGAAUACACGGAAAAACCAGUUCAUCAUUAUCAAAAGAAUCCACUGUUGAUUCUGCUUGUGGUGAUCUUGAACGUUCAAAUACAAGUGGUAUAUCUGUAACAUCUCAAACAAAUCAAAAUUGUGAAUAUUCAUUUGUUUUUACAAACGUUGGUGGUCAAGCUGUCUUGCUUAGUAUGCCACAACUUCGUCGAAUGGAUACUUUACAUUUGCUGGAUUCUCAUGAUGUAGUUGCAGUCAGUUCAGUUGUAUUUUCUCAACCUGGUUGUACAAAUGUAAAUAAUUCGUGUUAUGUUCAUGGACCUGCUCUCGGACUUUAUCAAUUGGCACCUGGUCAACUUACACUUUUUGACGUUGUACGUACUGGACAAAAAGCUAGCUUACUUGGAGUAUCCUAUCGUCCUAUAUAUCGACUAUCUCUUAUUGGCAAUACAAAUGCAAACAUGAAAACUUUAUCCGAAAAGACAAAUAGUAUUGGAGAUAGUAGAAUUUCUAAUAGAAGUGUUUUAUCGACCAGUCAGUUGCAUAAUAUAUCACAGACGUCCAGUGUAUUUAGUUCAUCCGUACAAAAUCAAUCAAAUUCUAUGUCAUCACACAAUCUAAGUGAUUCAAUAAGAAAUGGUCUCGUUUCACCUUCUUCUGUAUCAUGUGCAAGUGAUAGGAAUAAUCACAGGGAUCGUGUAUCGUGA